AUGUCGCUCGACGGUCCCCGCCGCCCAGAUCUCAAGAAGAAGCUUGUCGUCGUCGGAGAUGGAGGCUGCGGCAAGACAUGUUUGCUCACCGUGUACGCCGAAAACCGCUUCCCAGAGACCUACGUCCCGACCGUCUUUGAGAACCUGAUCACUACCAUCCCUCACCCUCUGGAGCCGACCAAGACCAUCGAGCUGGCGUUGUGGGACACUGCCGGACAGGAGGACUUUGACCGCCUGCGUCCUUUGAGCUACAACGACACGGACGUCAUUCUCGUCGUCUUUGCCUGCAACCACCGUCCAUCCCUCGAGAACGUUUACGACAAGUGGUACCCGGAAAUGUCGCACUUUUGCGAGGGUGUCCCGCUCCUCCUGAUCUGCACCAAGACCGACCUGCGUACCGACGCUACCACCCAGAGCCUCAUGGCCGCACAGGGAGUCGGACCCAUCUCUCCCGCCGAGGGCGAAAAGGUGGCCAAGGAAAUCGGCGCGCGGAGGUACCUCGAGUGCUCGGCAAAGCAGGGCACGGGCGUGCGCGAGGUGUUUGACGCUGCAGUCCGCGAGAGCCUCAAGAAGGGCAGCGUGGCACGUAUUGUCAAGAAGAGCAAGAAGUGCGUGGUUGUUUAG